AUGAGGAUAGUAUUGUUAGUCAAGAAAAAUCAAGAAAUCCAACAGAGAAAUAAAUCAACGGUCACGAUGCGUCCUCACUGCCUCCUCGCACUCGUUGCCCUCGUCCUUCCUCUGGUGGCCGCCGCCUCCACAGGCCACAGGGAGGCCUUGGUCGGCGGUUAUCAGCCCAUAAAGAACAUCAGCGACCCUCAUGUGAAAGAGAUCGCAGAGUUCGCGGUGUCGGAAUACAACAAGCAGGCCCAAGGCAAGAACAAGUUGGUGUUUCAGAGCGUGAUCCGCGGCGAGACCCAGGUGGUGGCCGGCAUCAAGUAUCGCCUUGUCAUUUCGGCCAAGAAUGAGUCGUCGGCGGUGUCCAACCCCACAGCCGCAGCGGCUGCCGGAGAUAAUUAUGAGGCUGUUGUGUGGGAAAAGAGUUGGGAGCAUUUUAGGCAAUUGAUCUCCUUCCGUAAAUUGGCAAAGACUUAA